AUGAUCCUGAUUCCUUACGCACGAUCAUUUUUUAUCCGACCAACAAAGAUCGUUACACAGGCCCCAAUACUUAGCCUCAUUCUCGCAACGCGGUGCGCCGCUAUCUCAAGUCUCCACUUUGUAUUCGACUGCUAUUGGACUGCUGCCUCGACUUGCCUCGAGGCUACCAAUAAACAAGCCGCCGCCUGUCGCCGCUUUCCAAAACAUACCCCACGGCGAGAAUGGUCUUCGCCACGUCAUGACAGGCGAAGUUUCUCAAUACCAACCAACUAUACGCCUCCCCCAUAUGGCUUCGCCCGAAUUCCUCCUUAUCCAUUCCCUCAGUGCAAUGAAAUUUUCUUCGAUCUUAACACCCAUGCAUUGGAUGAGACUCUGUUGAAAGCUCGCCAUCUCUACUUAAGUACUCCGAGAAUUCAGCAUGUCGCAGGAUGGGACGGCCUAUACUACGAUCUCGGCGUUCGACACCCAGGUCUUCUUGUUGUGCUAGGAUGGCGUUACUUCACAAAGUUCGCGGAGCCUCAAACGAAGUCUGGGAUAAACUUGAAGACCCUGACACUCAAAAGCGGCUUCGGAAAUGGGUUCCCCCUUCGCACAAUACUCCAGGAGAUUCAGUUUUCAGGUUUACUUGCGGAAGUUCAAACAGCCUACUGGGAGGACGUAAAGGAGAUGCUUUAUCGGCGUUGGCCGGUACUAGCCUUCACCCAAAUCGGCUGGAGGGGUUGUUUCUCCUCAAUGACGACAGCAUUUCCCACCUUGUUCGGAUCAUGGUCUCCUUCCACCAAUAUCUAG